AUGUUUCAACAACCGUACACGGGCGAAUACGUAUCAAGUGUGCCGAAUGUGAACCCGAUGAAACCUGAGCAAAAAAACACCGAAACUACUACAGCUGGAUGUCAAGACUGGCCAUUUGCACUGCUUUUUGUGAUAAAUGUGGGCGUUAUCAUCGCGUUGAUGGCUGUAUGGGGCAUCAAGACGGUGACGGACCCGGAAAAUAAUUCGAGCGAGUUGUUGUCGGGUGAUGAUACGAAGGUCGUGAUGGUUGUUUCCGUGGGCAUGGCCGUCGUGUCGAUGGUAUUGGCUCUAAUGAUGGUCAAGCUCAUUGUGGCCUACGCUCGCGUCAUGAUUCUGGUCGUGCUGUGGUUCAACGUGGGCAUUUCGUUCGCCUUUGCAGCUUAUGGAUUCAUCGUCGGCAACAUUUUCAUUGCCGUUAUCGGUCUCAUCAUUGCCCUGCUGAACCUUUGCUACGCUCGUGCCGUGCAGCAUCGCAUUCCGUUUGCUGUCGCCAACUUGCGUGUCGCUGAAGGGGCUAUUGCCAGACACUCGUCUACUUACGUGGUGUCGAUUGUUUUCACCAUCGUGCAGAUUGCAUGGGUCGUGGUGUGGGCGUUGGCUUUACUGGGUGUUGCCAACAAGAUUGCUAAAAACAAUCCCAGCACCAACACUACGACUUCUACGCGAUCUUCGUCGUACCAGCAGUCGGGGGGAUCGUAUGUUGCGUACUUUUUUCUGCUUCUGUCUUUCUACUGGGGCCUUCAAGUUUUCAAGAACGUUGCUCACACCACCGUCGCGGGUACCGUCGCGACGUUCUGGUACAACACUGAGUCGACAGGUGCUACUGGUGCCUCACUGAAGCGUAGCAUGACUUCUUCAUUCGGAUCCAUUUGCUUUGGAUCGCUUAUCGUCGCCUUUUUGCAGGCACUUCGUGCGUUGGCGCAAAGUGGACGUGAGGAUGGAAGCGCAUUGGCAUGCGUUGCUGAGUGUAUUCUAGGCUGCCUGCAGGCAAUUAUGGAAUACUUCAACCGAUGGGCAUAUGUCUACGUUGGAAUCUACGGCUACAAGUUCACACAGGCUGGCAAGGCCGUGUUCGAGCUUUUCAAGCAGCGCGGUUUCGAUGCUAUCAUUAACGACGAUCUUAUUGGCAACGUGCUUGGUUUCGCUGCUCUGGGUGUUGGGCUUAUAUGCGCUGGUGUCGGAGUACUGAUUGCAGAGACGACGGACGCUGUUGUUUUCCAGAAUAGCACGGCGUUCCUAGCAAUCCUAGGCCUUGUAAUCGGCAUUGGCGUUGCUGUCACGCCCCUCGCCGUCAUCGACAGUUCUGUUGCUACGAUCUUUGUCUGCUUUGCUGAGGACCCGGCUGCUUUCCAACAAUCGCACCCGGAGCUGUACGCGCCGCUGGUGCAAGAGUGGCACAACCUCUACCCGGAGAUUAUGGCACAGGCAGGAUAUUACGUGUAG